AUGGUUGCAACUGGUAACAUGGACCAGCAACCAACGGUCUCUGGGUUUUUAGGAAGGGUUGUAGAAGAGAAAUUUCAUUUGGCAGUUAUUGCACUAAGAAUAAUGCCAUGUAUUCCAUUGGUUACAGAGACUUUGAAAGAUAUGGUUCAUCCAGCCAUAGGCCCCGUACAAAUUACCAAAGGUUUUAGAGAAGGAUAUUUUUAUGUAAAUCUGUCACUCAAUCAAGAUUUUACGAAUGGCCCUGAAUUUUACGCCUCUAAUACAGUGGAUGAAGAGCUUGAUGAUUUUGAAUUAGAAAUUCUUGAAAGGGAUCAGAGAGGAUCAGGUAAAGUUCAUGAUGAAGAAGACAAAAUUGAAGAAAAUACAACCAACAGCAAUACAAAAAGCAGGACAAAUAACCAGAAUUUCGAUGAAGAAGAUGAUGAAAAUGAACCAUUUUUCCCAGAAAAUUAUAACUAUGACAAUGCACGAAGAUUUUCGGAAUCCACUGCUGCUUCUUUGCAGUCGACAAAUUUAUAA